CUAGGUCAGUCACAAUGUGAGGCUGGUAAAUGAACAUUAUCUCCUCUGUUAUGUGUGACUUAUCAGCUGUGGGUUCAGGUGUGCAGCACGAUUAAGCGCUGUUGACGUGUCAGGGGGAUGGACAUGACCAGAAUUACCCUAAAAUCAGCCAGAUUAUGUAGGAGGUGACACGUAGAAAAUAUUGCAGGAGGAUUGCGAUGCAGCUGACAUCGUCUAGCAAAUGUUAUUAACAGGAGUGGAGAAAAGGACUUAAUUGGCAGCAUCAGGCGAAUUGAUAAACAAUUCUGCAAGAAAGUUGCUACAAGAGGAUCUGUUUCUAGAAAAAGAUUUUACUUUAAAAUAUAAUACACAUAUUGACAGUGCUAGAAGUGGCAGUUCUUUACCUGUAGCUGUGGACUUUGAUUAAACACAGAAGAUUAAACCAGAAACUUACUUACUACUCAGUUACUUUUGUAAAUGUGUACAAAGACGAAGGUUUAUCUGCAGCGGUAGCAGUCAUUCAUGCAACAGUUUAUCCCAACUUGUGAAACUUUCCAAACAGAUAUACCAAAAUGAAUUCCCAUACAGCUUUUUAUUUUGCGAUUGGUUUGACGUGUGGAUUGUUAGUGUCUUUCAUGUUCACGCAGUACUCUGGCCUUACACACACUGCUAAGAUGCAGCUGACCAAUAAUUUCCAUUCAAGAGAAGUUUUACAAAGGGCGUCAGGAAAAGAUGCGGCUGUGAAAAGUGACGACGAGUACGAUGAGCACGGCCAUCUUGUCUUCAAGGCCGUUGAGCCAGCCUUAUCGCACGACCAACUGGACUUGGCGCAGGGACAUCAGCAGGCUAAUAAAGUGGAGUUUCGUGAUCAGCAUUUUCACCAUGAUGAUGAUUCUGUCGCCGAAGAACUGAAAAAGAAAGUCCGGGUUCUUUGUUGGGUAAUGACAGCUCCCCAGAACCUGGAGCUUAAAGCCAGCAACGUCAAGAACACUUGGGGAAAACGGUGCAAUGUUCUCCUCUUUAUGAGCUCCAAGGACGAUGAAGAUUUCCCCGCGAUUGGUUUAGAUAUCCCAGAAGGCAGAGAGCAUCUGACGGGAAAAACCAUGCGUGCCUUUAAAUAUGCCUACGAUCAUCAUUUCAAUGACGCUGAUUGGUUCAUGAAGGCGGAUGACGAUACUUACGUCAUAGUGGAAAAUUUACGCUACAUGUUGUCGGAGUAUAAUUCCAGCGAUCCUAUCUAUUUUGGCCACCAUUUUCAGACGAUAGUGAAGCAAGGCUACUUCAGUGGUGGUGCCGGGUAUGUGAUCAGUAAAGAAGCAUUAAAACGACUCGCCCUGAACGGAAUAGGGAGACCCGACAUGUGCAGACAAGAUGGUGGUGCAGAGGAUGCCGAGAUCGGCCAAUGUUUUGAAAAAUUAGGUGUAAAAACUGGGGAUUCUAGAGAUGCCAUGGGUAGAAGUCGGUUCCAUUGUUUUAACCCUGAGACUCAUUUAUUAGGUGGAUACCCAGACUGGUAUUAUAAAUAUGAUAAAUAUGGUGCCAAACAUGGAAUAGGUAAUGUAAGUGACCAUGCAGUAACAUUCCACUAUAUUCCUCCCAGUUUGAUGUGGGGCUUGGAGUUUUAUAUCUACCAUCUCAGACCCUACGGUAUAGAAAGCCACAGCCAGAGACUAAACAAGAAGCAGCUUAAGUGAGAAAUUAUCAAGAAAUUCUUGUUUUGGGAUGGGAAAAAAUACUGAAGGAUGUUUAUGUCAAGGUCACAGAAAACUGCCACCAGAAACAAAGUCAGAAAAAGAUAUAUACAUUCUUUAUUGUUCUUACUUUGAGAGAUUGCAGCUUUGGCCUGGACUAUACAAAUACAGGCUGUCAUCAGUAUAAGAACAAGAUACCUGAAGUCUGUCAGUUUGCUUUGAUAUUGUUUUGUUCAGGAUAUAAACUUA